AUGUUGUCAAUAAUAUCCCUAGCAUUAGCUGAACGUGUCCCCAAGAUAACCUGCGUGAAAGGAAAGAUCAAUAUCUCAUCUCCGAAAGGUUCUUUCCAGCUAUGUUUCAAUGAACAUUGGCGAACGUUCAAUGAGGCCACAAAAAACCUCACAUACACAUUAACAAUAUCCCCUCACAACGAUCAGGUAAAGGUUGCACUCAUAAUGCUAGGCAACCACAGCAUGGAGACACUUGAGACAACAUGCAACCGACCAGACUUCUGCGAUCAUCACUACUUUCUCUCAAAAGCUCUUCUAGGCAACCCUCACUGUUGGCCUGCAGGAGCAAUCACUACCCUAGCAGUAGUGAUUUACAUUUUUGCCGUAAUUCUGGCUAUGUUAGUCUGGUCAAUGCACAAAGUCAGACACGCUAACAAAGCUGUACCAAUGGAACAACUACCUAUGAUUACUACACGACACAAUCGUAGUAAUAGCCCUAACGCGUUCGUUCCCGCACCACUUCCAUGUCUAACUGCAAUAUGCAUGCGAAUGCAUGUCAACGCGGAUACAUGCGGCACUCAGCGAACCUCAUUUGCAAUGAACAAAACAAGUGCUCCUAUCAGUACAAUGAGGAACUCUUAUCUAAUCGCCUUACCUCCAAAAUUUGCAUACAAAUCAACCACUUGA